AUGGAGCCCGUGGCUGAAGCUCCUCCAACCUCCGCCAUCGAGGUGCAGCACGCAAGUCUGCCGCCGGAGCUCAUUUUGCACAUCAUCGACUGUCUACUCCCAUGCACGCCGCACAUGAUUCUCCCCCCAAAACACCCGUCCACCAAGACCUUUGUCUCCUUCACCACCGUCUGCCGCGCCACCUACACCCACGCCUCGCGACUCCUCCGCCAGCAUUGCGUACACAUCGACUCCAGCCAGCGUCUCGCCACCUAUCUCCUCUGCAUCCCGCGCCUGGUGCCGACCCUGCCGCCUGUCCUGUCACUCCGGAACAUCACAUCUCUCUACCUGGCGCCGUUUGGGCCUUCGCUCGACGACCAGCCCACGGCCGAAUGGGUGCGCGAGCUCUUCUGCGAAGUGUGCGACUCCCUCCGCCGGCUCGUCGUCCACAUGCCCUUUGCCAGCCUCGACCCUCUCGACGACCAUCUCAACGUGCGGAGGACGCUGCGCGAGGGCUUCGAACAGCUCACCAAGGUGGAGGAGUUCACGUGUCUGGCGGAAUACCCAGCCCUGAGCGUGCCCGAUGCACACACCGACGUAUGGCGCCUAUGGCCAGACCUCAGGCGCCUCACGCUGUUUGGGGUGCCGCUUGACAAUCACUGGCUUUGGUGGGAUAUAGCUACGCUCCCGGACCUGAGGCACGUGGUGCUGGCGCAGCCGCAGAGGGUGGACGCGGCGGACAUCAAGGAUGAGUAUUUUCACAAGCUGCCCAGGAACGACCCUCGGCUGGGGAGGAAGAUUCGCAUUGUACUCUUGGAUGCGGCGUACAAGAUUGGGACAGUGAGAACGACAAGGUGGAAAGAGGUUGACCCCGAGGCAAAGAUGGAGGUGGAAACGUACGAGGUUCCGAGGCCGUUUUACGGGGACGAGAGUGAUGAGGAGCUGGUCACAGAGUGGGUGAGGAGGGGGGCUUUGGAUGGCACGUUGUGGGAGUGGAAGGGAAACAGGGUGAGUUGA